AAUGUGACUCAGGAGUGCAGUAAUUCUGCUACUCCCCACUUACCUAGAAGCUGAAAUAGAAGCCGGAGAGGAGGCAGAGAUAAUCUCAAAGCCGUAGAGUUGUUCCCCACGCUACCGUCGUGUAGGUGGCCGAGGACCAUGGGCAAACAUGGCGAGCGCAGCGUGACCACGCAGCUGAAGAUGGUGCUGCCUGGUUCCUCAGAGAAGCUGCGCAUCUCCGACGAGCUCGCGAAGUGCUUUGAUUCCCGAGAAGGCGGCGCCGGGAUGACGGCUUUCCUCGUCAGCCCGUUCGGAUCGGCGAUCUGGCAGGUUGAAGUCGGCCGGGAUGGCGACAGCGCGUUCCUGGGUCGACGGUGGCCAGAGUUCGUUGAGGCCCACGGCAUCAGCGUCGGCUGGUUCUUGGUGUUCCGUCACGUAGGCCGCGGCGUGCUCACCGUGAAGGCCUUCGACCCCACCUUCGGCCAAACUCUCACCGUUCCGGGCUUCCCUGCAGUCCAGAUUGAAACCGGCCAUGCUCGUAAGCCGCAGUUCCUCAUGCCGCUUUUUCCUCAUUGCAUGGACAAGAUGGCUAUCCCCGCCGAGUUUCUGAAACGGAGAUACAUUUCUGAUGAGGAACUCAACAGACGGAAGGCCACUUUCGUGAACCCCUCCAGCGAUUUUUGGCAUAUCGAUCUCGAGAAGGAUGGGUCGAAUGUGUUCUUUGCAGGUGGCUGGUCGAAGUUUCUAAAGUUCCAAGGCAUCGCAGUAGGUCAAGCUAUACUGAUCAGGUAUCAAGGCAACAUGAUCUUUACAUUCGAAGUGUUCGAGUUAACCGGAUGCCGGAGAAAGCUGGUAAAACAGGGCUCCAGAUUUCAGCUAACUGAGAACAGUGAGGAAACAUAUUCGUCCCAGGACACUGAGCAGACUGAAGAGGCAAAUCCGUCCCAGAAAAAUGCCCACUCAUCUAAGGAAGCGCAGAGCCAAAAGGAAGCACAUAUUCCCAGAAGGAAAUGGAAACGAAGUGAAGAGAAAAGAAUGCCAAGAAGCUCCACAAAUCCUUUUGGCAAAAGAACAGAUUGUGAAUAUGAGACAGGGUCACAGCCUUGGAUAAGGAAGAAGCUCAAGAGUAGCGCGCUUUCACAACCUUGUUUUCCUGGGGAGUUCUGUAAGAAGGUUGGAUUCCUGAAAAAAUGCACCAUCACGCUCAAGUCCUCAGAGAAGAAGGGGCCGUGGGAAGUCCAGGGUCUCGUUUACGAAGCAGGCCAAUUUAAAUUUUCUAAAGGCUGGAGUUCCUUCCGCUGGGAUAACAGGCUCAAGGAAGGUGACGUGUGCACCUUCAGUGUCAUCAAUAGGGGGCUGUGGCAUGUUGACAUAGAACGUUGCUAAGAUGGGACUUCAACCAGGCGCAGCAGUUGCAGUCUCAACCAGGUUCAGCGUGUGUCUGCCGUGCCAAAUAGAAUACACAUUGGCAGCGAAAGCUUCUCUAGCACUUGUUGAAGAUUGUCUUGUUAUGUCGAACCUUUGUUCCUAUGUGUUUACUGCACUUUUGUAUCUUUAAACUGGUGCCGAAUAUUACUUACUCCACCUGAUAUCAUGGACGUUGGUUGGUUUUGUUAGGAUGUGUGCUGAAAACAUUUUCUC